AUGGAAAGGCGGAUUCGCCUAAAGACUCUAAACCCUUACAUAACGUGCAAAAUCUGUAAAGGAUAUUUAAUUGAUGCUACAACUGUUACAGAGUGUCUACAUACAUUCUGUAAAAGUUGCCUGGUGAAACAUUUAGAAGAUAAUAAUACUUGUCCUACUUGUGAAAUAGUCAUUCAUCAAAGCCAUCCAUUACAGUAUAUUAGCUAUGACAGAACUAUGCAAGACAUAGUUUAUAAACUUGUUCCGAACCUACAGACAAAUGAAAUCAAGAGAGAGAAAGAAUUUUACAGGAGGAGAGGAUUACCAUAUCCAAAAGCAACACCUUCUGGGGUUAAUGAGAAAGAAACAAGUUCUCAAGCAUCAUCUUCAAAGGAAGAUGAUUCCGACUAUCACAAGUCUGACGAACAAGUCAAUAUAUUAUUAGAAUCUCAAAAUGGCUCCCUCAAACAGAUGAGGAGGAAAUUCAUACGUUGUUCAGCUCAAGCAACCAUAACUCAUUUGAAAAAAUUCAUAGCAAAAAAGUUAUAUAAUAAUUUAGAAAAAUAUAAAGAGGUUGACAUAUUAUGUAAUGAAGAAAUUUUAGGGAAAGAUCAUACGUUAAAAUUUGUCUGCGUAACAAGAUGGAGGUUUAAAGAUCCUCCGUUGAAAUUAUACUAUAGACCAAAAGCAGACUUGUGAUUGGCUGUUUAUUGUCAUUGUACAUACACAUAAUUCUCAUUACCUGUGUUAUAUA